AUGCCACGAACCAUCAGUCUUGUAGUCUUCAACUCCCCCCUCUUCCCCGCGCAUUGGGGUCUAUGGAUCCCCCACCUCUUAUCCGAUCUGCAUGGCACUGGAACCUACCUAAACGCGACCGGCGACGCAGCAAUUGGCUUCACUGUAGAAAUCGAACGCAACUACAAAGUCGGCGCUGACGGUCGACGGUAUCAGUUGCUGCCUCUGGGCGACGUCGCAGACGAGCACGUUACUGACACGCAAGGGGAUGGAAGUUGGUCUGUUGACAAGGUUGCGAGAAAUAGACUUGAAGAAGUUGUGCUUAGAGUAGAGCCGCCUGGACCAAGUCUCGUAGCUACUUCCGGUGAGGGACCACGAAAGAGAGUAGAGAUAAGGAAUUGUCAGACCUGGAUACAUAAUGCGGAAAAAGCGCUUGUGGAAGCUGGCAUUAUGGACCACACAACCUUGCAGAACGUAGAAAACGCUCCUCAGAAUUGA